AAGUUCGUAGUCGCUGCCGCCAUUUUGAUCAUUGUUUGCUACGCAUUUCCUCUCUACUCUGUGAGAGUUUGGGGUUGCGUCCUUUCAUUUUCUUGGGCCGGCAUCUGAAGCUUAUAGCUAGGAGUCACAAAUAUUUUGAUCUGCUAACUUGAAACUUCAUGGAUAGAGACAUGGAUGAUGAUUCCAGGGAUCGGUCUCCCAAUAGGGAUGAUAGAGGAGGCCGAGACCGUGAAAGAUCCCGCAGAGGAGACAGGCCAAGUAGGUUCUCUGGAGGCCCAGGCGGCGGCGGUGGUGGUGGAGGUUUUCGAGACAGAAGUCCUAUAAGAGGAGAUAGAAGGAGAGGCCCUUCAGAUAGACGAGUCUAUGUUUCUAACAUUGCUUACGAAUUCCGUUGGCAAGAGCUGAAAGAUCUUUUCAGACAAGAAGUUGGUGAGGUAGCAUUUGUGGAGCUGUUUGUAGAUGAAAAUGACAAACCAAGAGGAUGUGGGAUUAUCGAGUUUGAAUCAAAGGAGUUAGCUCAGAAAGCUGUAGAGAAAAUGCACAGAUACGAGCUCAAAGGCAGGAAACUAGUUGUGAAGGAGGACUUUGACAUUGAACGAGAUAAGCAAGGCAGACCUGUUGGGAGAAACAUGGGUGGGCGAGACCAUGACGGAGGCGGUCGCCAGAGCAUGGGGAACUCAAGGAUACGAGAGCCAGACAGAGUGGGAAUGGGUGGGGGAAUGCCUGGAGGGAUGGGUGGGGGAAUGGGUGGGGGUAAUGCGGGUAUCCCUACCAGCAAGUGGGGUAACACCUACGGUCUGAGCCCUCAAUUCCUGGAGUCACUUCACAUUUCAAGCCCUCUUGUUACCAGGGUGUUUGUAGCCAAUUUGGAUUACAAAGUGGAUGACAAGAAACUGAGAGACGUUUUCAAACUGGCCGGACGCGUGCACAAUGCUGAGAUUAGUGUCGACAAAGAAGGCAAGAGUCGAGGGUUCGGUGUGGUGGAGUUUGAACACCCUGUGGAGGCUGUCCAAGCCAUCUCUAUGCUUCACAACCAGAUGUUGUAUGACAGGCGGUUGUCUGUGCGGAUGGACAGGGUGGAGAAGCCUGACGGCCCACCCAAACUGCCAGAGGGCCUCAAGGGCAUCGGGAUGGGACUUGGAGCGAAUGGAACACCCUUGCAAGAUGUCGCAAGAAAUCUUCCUAGCAUUGCACAAAACAUUCAACCUUCCAUGAAUCUUGCAAAUGCAGUCUCAGCACCUUCUCUGACCACAGCUGCCUUAGGGCCUUCAGCAGCCGCAGCCUUGGCAGCAAGAGAUAUGCUGCCCAACUUAGGAGGUGCGGGAGCUGCUGCAGGGCUUGGUCUGGGGACUGGAGACUUGGCGGGACUGGGGUCGGGACUUAGUGCUGCGGCUCUCGGUGGAUUGGCCGGCAACAACCCCUUCAUGGCUCAGCUCGGUGCUGCAGGCAACAGUUUGUUAGGAGCUGGUGCUUUAGGAGGUGCUGGCCUGGGUGGAGGAGGCUUGGGUGUGGGUGGAGGUGGUCUCGGAGGUGGCGGCUUGGGAGGAGGUGGUAUGGGAGGCGGUGGCCCAGGACUCGGCCGGGACUUUGAUAGCCUCAGUGCUGCAUUAGGUGGCGGUGGUGGAGGUGGCUACAACUCCAACAACAUGGAGAGAGACUUCAGAGGCCCCCCACCCAACAACAUGGCCAACAACGGGAGAGAUCCCAUGUCUGACACAAUUAUGAUUAAGAAUUUGCCACCUACAGCCACCUGGCAGCAGCUGAAGGACAAGUUCCGCGAUGCUGGAGAAGUGAAGUUCGCAGAACUCAGGGGGAAGGACAUCGGGAUCAUUCAAUUCGCCAGCAAGUGGGAUGCGGAACGUGCUCUCAACAUGAUGGACCGAGUGAGGUGGGACGGCCGCACACUGGACGUCCGUUACUACUGAGCCAGUGAGUAACUGAUACUCAGUUGCUGUUCAAAGACUCUUGGACCUUCAGUGUUUUUGUGUCCACAUAGGUUUUUAGGAAAUCUACAGAUUUUAUGUAAUAGACCAUCUAUCUACUCAACAGUCAGUUCCAUUCUAGAUUUUGUCUCAGUGUUAGUUUUAUCAAUUAUUCACUUAAAUUGUUGAUGAUAGGUUUGAGAUUGAAUUGUUUCUGCAGCGCCUUUUUGUAUCGUUUUAUCAAUUGAGAUGUACUUUUGUUGAUGUAUUAGAUUAAUAGCAUAGUAUUUUACAAGAAAUGAAGCGGUUUGUAUCUGUCCAGCUGAAGUUUAAGAAGGGAACAUGAAGAGAUGAGAUUGUAAGGAUCACCGUUUCUGUAUUGUGCUGGAUUAUUCCAAUUAGGUCAAGUUUCAAGAUCCAGAGUAUCAUACUUGUAUUAAUAAACCAGUGUUUUGAAAAUAUACUUGAUUAUUCCACUUUUA